AUGGCCAAGUCCGCUCCUGCCCGCGACUUCACCGUCGCCUGGAUCUGCGCUCUGCCCAUCGAGCUGGCGGCCGCAGCUAAGAUGAUGGACGAGAGAUUUGCUGAUCUUCCGUCCCAGCCGACCGAUUCCAACCUCUACUCCUUCGGCCGAAUCGGCGUUCACAAUGUCGUUGCUGCCUGUUUACCCGCCGGCCAGAUGGGCACGAAUCAAGCAGCCACGGUGGCUAGCCAGAUGAAAACCAGCUUCCCUUCACUACGGUUCGGUGUCCUCGUCGGCAUUGGCGGUGGCGUCCCAAAUCUCGACGACGAUAUCGACAUCCGCCUCGGCGAUGUUGUCAUCAGCCAGCCGGCAGGACAGCACAGCGGAGUGAUCCAAUACGAUUUCGGGAAGACUGGAGCCGAUGGUCGUAUUGCUCGCACGGGCAGCCUUAACGCGCCGCCAACGAUCCUCCUCAACGCCUUAACUAAGCUCCGUGCUAAUGACAUUCUGGGCGAGACGCAAGUCCUCACAUACCUGUCGCAACUAUCUAUUCAAACAGAGUUCGCAUCGCCAGGCCCUGAAAAAGACACGCUCUACAAUGCGUCAUCGCUACACAUCGCCGGAGCUACAUGCGCGAAAUGCUGUCCAGAAGAUGCAGAGGACCGGGACGCACGCGCAACACCAGACCCAGUCCUCUUCUUCGGCAACAUCGCAUCCGGUAACCAGGUGAUGAAGGAUGGUCAGACGCGCGACAGAUACAGUAAGGAGCUGGGAGGCGUCUUGUGCUUCGAGAUGGAGGCAGCCGGACCGAUGAACGAUUUCCCUUAUAUCGUUAUCCGCGGCAUCUGCGACUAUGCAGACGCGCACAAGAACAAGCUGUGGCAACCAUACGCAGCAGCGACGGCGGCAGCAUACGCUAAAGAGCUGCUGAAUAUCAUCCCACCGUUAACUUCUAGCAAUCUAGACGAGCCACAGAGUUCUCGUCGGGAACCUCACUUCAUCGUUCCGCUUGGACGAAACGAAAGCUUUGUUGGCAGAGAUGCGAUCCUGACGCGGCUCCUGGAGCGAAUACCUCCGAGCGCUAACAGAGACGCCUGUCAGAGGACUGCGAUCGUGGGCCUGGGGGGAAUUGGCAAAACACAGGUCGCGGUCGAGGCCGCCUACCGCGUUCGCGAUGCACACCCAGACUGCUCCGUUUUUUGGGUUCCAGCCGUAAACACAAUCAUGUUUGAGAAUGCAUAUCGUGAGAUCGGUCAAGCGCUCAACAUCAUAGGUAUCGAGGAUGACCAAGCGGACAUCAAGAGUCUGGUGAAGGCUGCACUGGAACGAGACGACGCUGGCAGCUGGCUUCUCAUCGUCGACAAUGCCGACGAUAUGGAGUCAUGGCUAAGACCAAGGGCUGAGACCCGUCGCGGUGCAAAGCCGGAUUGUGGACGACAGAUAUGCCGAGAGAACUUUGAUGGUGCCGCGAUUGCCAGCGCCAGGAUAUGGAUACAACCAGCAAUCCUUCAGACGUGUCACCUGACACCGCCAUGGUCGUGGGCCAAGAAACGAUCAUCGGUUACCUGGCUCGAUGCCAACGAGCUCGACUGGAACGAUCGUACCCUUGAAGUCGCCAGCUAUGUCGAAGGGAGGCAGCUGGUUGUCAGGGAACGGUUUUGGACGCUCUGUGGGAUGGACGAGCGAUGGUUCUAG